UUCACACACAUUUAUAAUCCAAUGCAUUUUUGAUCACCGCUUGUUUCUGCUUGUUUCACUGUGAUUAAUCCGCAGCAACAACGUAGAUUUUUUUUAUACAUUAUCUUGUUAACAAAAAAAAGUUAUAGGGUUGUGCCCUAGUAUAUAAGGCAAUAAAAAAUUAUAAAUAUAAACAAAUAAAAUAAUUAAAAAAAGUAAUAUUGUGCCCAGGGCUCAUAUUAAAACACAGAAUAAAUAAUUUCGCUUGGAUAAAUUUGUGAUUGAGCAAAAUGGCAGCAGCCGACUCAUCAACAGACGACAGUCUUUAUCCGAUUGCAGUUUUAAUCGAUGAAUUGAAAAAUGAAGAUGUACAACUGCGAUUGAAUUCAAUAAAAAAACUUUCAACGAUUGCCCUGGCACUUGGUGCUGAACGUACUCGUAGUGAGUUGAUGCCCUUUUUGACAGAAACAAUUUAUGAUGAAGAUGAAGUUUUAUUGGCACUUGCUGAACAACUUGGUACAUUCACACCACUUGUAGGUGGACCUGACCAUGUUUAUUGUUUAUUGCCACCACUUGAAGCAUUGGCAGCUGUUGAAGAAACAGUUGUACGUGACAAAGCAGUUGAAUCAUUACGGAAUAUUGCAAGUCAACACAGUCCAGCAUAUCUUGAAGACCAUUUUGUUCCAUUGGUACAACGUUUGGCAUCUGGUGAUUGGUUUACAUCAAGAACAUCAGCAUGUGGUUUAAUAAGUGUAUGUUAUCCACGUGUAAGUGCAGCAACAAAAGCUGAAUUAAGAAAUCAUUUUCGUAAUUUAUGUCAAGAUGAUACACCAAUGGUACGACGUUCAGCAGCAUCAAAAUUGGGAGAAUUUGCAAAAGUUGUUGAAAUCGAAUAUUUAAAAUCUGAUUUAAUUCCAAUGUUUGUUAUACUUGCACAAGAUGAACAAGAUUCUGUUCGUUUAUUAGCUGUUGAUGCAUGUGUUAGUAUUGCAACAUUAUUACAACAAGAAGAUGUUGAACAACUUGUUAUGCCAACAUUACGUCAAUGUGCUGCUGAUUCAUCAUGGCGUGUACGUUAUAUGGUUGCUGAUAAAUUUACAGAUCUUCAAAAAGCAGUAGGUCCUGAAAUAACUAAAACUGAUCUUGUACCAGCAUUUCAAGUUUUAUUAAAAGAUAAUGAAGCUGAAGUUAGAGCAGCAGCAGCUGAUAAAGUACGUGAUUUUUGUCAAAAUCUUGAUCAAUUUAGUCAAGAAAACAUUAUAAUGACAAAUGUAUUACCAUAUGUUAAAGAACUUGUAUCUGAUCCAAAUCAGCAUGUUAAAUCAGCACUUGCAAGUGUUAUUAUGGGUUUAAGUCCAAUAUUGGGAAAACACAAUACAAUUGAACAUUUAUUACCAUUAUUUCUCAUGCAAUUAAAAGAUGAAUGUCCAGAAGUACGUUUAAAUAUCAUCAGUAAUUUGGAUUGUGUUAAUGAAGUUAUUGGUAUACAACAAUUAUCACAAUCAUUAUUACCAGCAAUUGUUGAACUUGCUGAAGAUUCAAAAUGGCGUGUAAGACUUGCAAUUAUUGAAUAUAUGCCAUUAUUAGCUGGUCAAUUGGGUGUUGAAUUUUUUGAUGAAAAAUUAAAUUCACUAUCAAUGAAUUGGCUUGUUGAUCAUGUUUAUGCAAUAAGAGAAGCUGCAACAUUAAAUUUAAAAAAAUUGGUUGAAAAAUUUGGACCAGAAUGGGCGCAAAAUACUAUUAUACCUAAAGUUUUAAAUAUGUCAAGAGAUCAAAAUUAUUUACACAGAAUGACGUGUCUUUUCUGUAUCAAUGUUCUUGCUGAAGUAUGUGGUCCAGAUAUAACAUCAAAAAUCAUGUUACCAACUGUUUUGGCAAUGGCAAUUGAUAAUGUUGCUAAUGUAAGAUUCAACGUUGCUAAAACACUUCAACGUAUUGGACCAUAUCUAGAACAAAGUGCUGUUCAAACACAAGUUAAACCUGUACUUGAUAAACUCAAUACUGAUACUGAUGUUGAUGUCAAAUACUUUGCAUCUGAAGCAAUUGCUGGAAUUGCAGCGUAGGUUGAUCAUGUCCUCGAGUGCAUUUACCCCAUCACUAAACAUCUACCUACGUCAUAAAAUAUAAUUUUUAAAGAGUAAGUAAAUUUGCAAGAUGAUAUGAAUUUUUUUUUUGUUUUUUUCCACGACGUCUGUAUGACGACAAUUUUAAAACACACAUUAGGGGCAAGUAAUAUGCUGGGUAAAUAAGAGAAAAAAACCAGGGUGAACAGUUUUUAAAAAAUAAAAAACAGUACGUAGCCAUUAAAAACUAGCUAAUACUAAUAACCAAUAUUUAAAAGAAAAGAACAAGAUUAAUUUCUGUUGUAUUUGUAUAACUAUAAUAUUGUACUAAGAUAUAUUUGCUUAAGACCAUGUAACUUCAUUAUUAAUAGUAAAUACGUAAGCAACUGUCUUAAAACGUAAGAAUGAUUAAUAAAAAAGAAAAAAAAACAAUAAAAAAUCUUUAUGUCCUUCGACAAAUUGAUUUAAAAAAAAAAAAAAUAUUCUUUUUUUUUUGUUUUUUUUUUUUUUUAAUUAUAUUCAUAAAUUUUUCCUGUAAAAAAGCAAUGAUAGAGAAUAAUCUUCAUGUACACAAAAUAAAAAAAAAAAAAAAUUUUUUGGUUUUUUUUAUUUAUUUAUUUUUUUAUUAAAGAUUAUAUUCAUUAAGCUUUAUCAGAAGAGUUUUUUUUUUUUUUUUUAAUUAUGGUGGUUAAUUAUUAUUUAAAUAAUAUUGAACAAAUUAUUUUUAAAAAAAUUAAAUACACAUAUGAAAAUUUAUAAAAUUACUUAGAAAUAAUAUUAUUAAAUUCUAAUAUUGUUAAAUCAAUAUUGCAGCUAUUAUUUUUUGUUAAUUUAUUAUCUUCUAAAUUACUAUCAUUAUUGAAAAUUUUAAGUGAAUUUAUUUUUGCCCGAUUGUAGAUUUUCACAGUAUGCAAACUCAGGCAUCUAAAAUAAAAAAAUAAUACAAUAUUUAUAUUUUAGUAUUUUGAAUAAUAUAUAUUGAAAACUAAAAUGUGAUUUAAAAAAAAAUAUACUUGAGACAAACGUAGAUGACUAAAAUUGCUGUUCCAACCACUAGUAUACGAAUGGCUCUUAUUUCAACAAUUUGAUAAAUAAACCAGGCUGCAAGUGAUGAUAUAAUUAUUACCAUGACAAUAUAAAUUAUACCGAUCCAAUGUUGUCUAUUAAAACCAUCAUUCCAAUUGAGCUUUGUUGAAUGUUCAACAUUGUAAAUACAACCACAAACUUUGCAUGUCAAGUUUUGCAAGUCUUCAUUUAUGCAACUCUAUCGUUAAAAAAUAAAAUAUAUUUUAAUAACUACUGUUUAAUAUUGACAAAAUGUUUUGAGCAAAUUACCUCAAUUAGCCAUCUACGAAGACAAUCAUGAUGAACAACGCUGACAUCGCCUCUGCAAUUACAUGGCUUAAUAAGAGAUCCAGUAUUUUUUGUUUCAUUAUCAUAACAAAUCCAACAGUCCUUUUUUAUUAUUGGCGAAUUUUGUUCUAUACAUUGUUCCUCAAUGUUCUUCAUUUUUAUU